UUACAAUGCCGACCAUUCCCUUAAGCACAUUGUAGUUGCCUCGUUGGAGAGACACGGUGCGGGUGUGCGUAAAAAUCCAAAUAGGCAGAUACUAUCACUGAGAAAAGGAAAGAGCUUUACCCAAAAGGAGAUUUUGAAAUUAUUUCCACUCAGCUGAGGAACAGAGCUGAAAACCUUGUGACAGCAGCCUUUGAUAUUCAAGAUUUGAACUCACUCCAUCAUAAAACACACACAGGCAGAAGGAAAUCUGCUAAAUCUUGGAUGAUGGAGCCUUCACAGUCAGAGUUGAACAUAUUAUCCAAUGGAAAAACUCAUGACCUCGGCGAUGACAUAGGCAUACCAAUGAAGACAAUGCUAGAGGAGGAUCAAAAUGGCACUCAAACAAUCAGGUUUGAUGACCCUGAUGGAGGACUGGAGAGCGAGGAGUUUUUGCCCAGUGCUGAUGGAAAGAAACCCAUACGCUUCACAGAUUUUGAAGGAAAAACCUCUUUUGGCAUGUCAGUUUUCAACCUGGGCAAUGCUAUUAUGGGCAGUGGAAUCCUUGGUUUGGCUUAUGCCAUGGCCAACACUGGCAUUCUCCUCUUCUGGUUUCUUCUGACUGCUGUUGCAGCCUUAUCGUGUUACUCCAUUCAUCUAAUGCUCAAAUCCUCUGGCAUUGUGGGAAUUCGCGCUUAUGAACAGCUGGGGUACAGGGCCUUUGGCACUCCUGGAAAAAUGGCUGCUGGCAUUGCAAUCACCCUGCAGAACAUUGGAGCUAUGUCCAGUUACCUGUACAUUGUUAAAUCAGAGUUACCGCUGGUCAUCCAGGCUUUUUUGAAGACAGAUUCUAACUCUGAUGUGUGGUACUUGAAUGGAAACUACCUGGUCAUCUUGGUUUCUGCCAGUGUCAUCCUGCCCCUUGCUUUAAUGAAACAACUCGGUUACCUUGGUUACACCAGUGGAUUUUCACUCAGCUGCAUGGUGUUCUUUCUCACCGCAGUUAUCUUCAAGAAGUUUCAGAUUCCUUGCCCCUUUGAGGAGUUCUCGGCCAACAACACUGCUACACACCUCAGUCUGAAUGUUUCAAGCCAUGUGCAUGAGCACAGCAACGAUGUGGUUCAUGGGGAUGAUGACUACCACUGCACCCCACGCAUGUUGACCAUCAACUCACAGACAGCAUACACAAUCCCCAUCUUGGCUUUUGCUUUUGUUUGCCACCCUGAAGUCCUGCCCAUCUACACUGAGUUGCGCAAUCCAACACAGAAGAAGAUGCAAAAGGUGUCCAACCUCUCCAUCCUUGUCAUGUACACUAUGUACUUUCUGGCAGCUCUCUUUGGCUACCUGACCUUUUACGACAACGUGGAGACUGAACUGCUGCACACUUACAGCCGCAUUGAUCCAUAUGACACUUUGAUCCUGUGUGUGCGUGUGGCCGUCCUCACUGCUGUCACCCUCACCGUCCCCAUUGUGUUGUUCCCAGUGCGUAGAGCCAUUCUGCAGAUGUUAUUUGCCAGCAAGUCUUUCAACUGGAUACGCCACAUUGCCAUUGCAUUGAUUCUGCUCACCUUGAUCAACAUGCUGGUGAUAUUUGCUCCUAACAUUCUGGGCAUCUUUGGCAUCAUUGGUGCCACGUCAGCUCCCUGCCUCAUUUUCAUCUUCCCUGCCGUCUUUUACAUUCGCAUCGUUCCCAAAGAGGACGAACCCCUGAACUCCCUUCCCAAGAUACUGGCCUUUUGUUUUGCUGCUUUGGGAGUGUCCUUCAUGGUGAUGAGUCUGAGCUUCAUAAUUAUGGACUGGACAACAGGGGGUGGCCUCGCUGUAGGAGGCCACUAGAUGCUGCUUCAGUGUGUAUGUAUGUGUGUGUGUGUUUUUUUAAUGAAUGGGAGUAUAUGGUAUGGUCAGUGUAAAUGGAGCAAUAUCACCUCAGUGGAACACACUACAGGUCUGCUCAGCUCAGAGCUGGGUGUUGUCACAGUAUAAAAUACACAGUAUUAAUGUAGAAAUGGAUAGGAAUCAAUUAGAUUGAUCAAUUUAGAUAAAAAUUUUUUACUGUAAAUUAACAUAAAUCUUUUUUAAAAAUCCCCCAAAACGAAGAUUUUACUAUUAAAUUUAAUACAGAGAAAAUGAAAUGCAUUUUAUCUCAAUAAUCAUACACGGACAACGUCUUUUGGUGCACCUAUGAUGGUGAAAUGUUUUUUUUUUUCUGUUGCUUCAGCUUUAUUUACACACAAAUUGCUGCAGCUGGUACUAUACAAAUAAAAACAGUAAAGGCAUCAACUGCUUGAAUUAUCCUCCAUGAGAUGCACAAAAGAGAACAGUCAGAUGAAGUCCAUUAAAAUCAGCAGGAUUCUGCUGUUUGUCUUCUUUUAGUUUAAAUCUAAGAAGCGCUUCACAGGCUUAGAGUGCAAGGAGAUAUUUUUAUGUGUCUGAAAGCUUUUGCUCCAUAUGCAUUAAAACCCUGGUGCCUUUUAGCAUUUAGAAUGGCACACAUAGAAUUAAUGAAAUGUAUAUUUAUUUAGCUAACUACUUUAUCUGUUUUGCAUUUUAAAUAGGUGUUAUUUAACUACUGUACAUGAUCAUAUGACAAAAGAAACUUGUUUGAUUUCAGUUUAUUUCUUUUCAUAGUUUAUAGAUGAUUAAAUAUGUUACUCAUUAAUACUAUUUAGGGUACUUUCUUGAUAAAAUGAUUUAAGGAUUUGAUGCCUCACCCUGUAUAAAAACUUGAUCAAAAUUAUACCAAACUGUGAUCUUGAAAAUUAAGCAAUGCAAAUUCUGUCUAUUCUCAAAGUUGAAAGGAAUAGUAACUUAUUUUUAUUAAUGUUGGUUCCUUAAUAAGAAGAUUAAUGUCUAAACGUUAGUGUAUACAAUUAUGAGAUUGAUGGCACUGGAAACGGUGGGAAACAGCCAACCAGGCUUAUCAACAUGCACAUCCUAAGCUUAUGCUUUUGCAUACAUUGUCAUGCCUUCAGUCUUUUUCCUAAACUAAACCAACUGCCAACUUCACAAAGAUUAUUAUUACAAGGCGUUUUCCUAAAUAAAAAUAAUAAUAAAGUAUUUUUGACUGGCAUUUGUACAUGUCCAGGUUUUUAUUUCACUUUAUAGGCAAACCAGAGCAAUAUACAUAUGUCAAAGCAAGAAAACUAAUUUAUUGUGCAUGGCUGGUAAAACUUUGUUGGCUCACAUAAUUCUUUGGCAAGGGACAGAUAACGUGAUGAUGUGUCACACCUUUGGGAUUCAGCCUUAGUCUGUUUACGUUACUGGUUUGAAGUGUUUUGAUCCGUCUUGUUAUCUGUUUAGAUCUUCAGUUAAUAUUUUGCAUGAUGUGUAUCUCCACUUUUCUCUGCAAGAAACUGCACAUUAACUGCUUUUGGUUCCAGCACUGUUGUGUAUAAAUGUUAUUGCAAUACUGUACCUUUGGCAUCCUACAGUGAAAUGUUUUUAAUUAUCAGUUUGUGUUGUGUUAAUAUGAAGACCUUCUUCAAACAAAUGGUUUAGGCAUAUGUGUUAUGAUGUUACGGUGUUAUGACAAGUUAAUCUAGGCAUGUGGACAGAUACCUCUAAAACGUUUAAUUCUUCAGGGGGAUUUUCCAACCCAUAAUAGCACAGUUUUUAAUGUUAUAUUUAAUUAUACGACAAUAUAAACCAAAAAUUCACAGCAAGAUCACAGCAAUCUUGGGUAGGAAACACCUGCAUAAAACAUGGUUCUAUAUUGUAUGACCCCACUUUUGUGGAAACUGAAAUGUAUCAUGACUGCUGGGCUUUCUUUAUUUAGCAUUGUGAAUCUUGACAGAGAUGUUUUUUUUUUUUGUUUGUUUGUUUUUUUUUUUUUUUGUUUUUUGUCUUUUGUCUGGAAAAAUAAUGAGAAAAAGCAGAAGGAAAGUUUAGUUGAAGUACCAUGCUCUGUCCUUUGCUUUUCCACAUGGAUAUGCUGAGAUUUAAACACAGAUUUAGCAUUGUCAUGUUCAGUUUAACAUUUUUUUUUUUUUUUUUUUUUAAAGAUCCUGCCAAAAAUAACAACUGACUACCUACUGCUUUAAAAUAGAUUCCACAGUUUCACUGCUGGUCAUAUCGUAAACAAAUCUGCGUGAUAUUUUUUCAUAGAUGCUCAAGACAUUAGUCUAUGGAAAUAACAAAACUAUAAAUUAAUAUAAAAGUCUAUGGAUUUUGGUGAAUAAGAAGGAACUUUAUAUAAAUAAUGUAUAUAAAUGUAAACCUUUUAUAUUUGUGAUGCAUAUUUACAGUAGCUUGUAAAGUGUAAAUAGCUGGGACAGUUUUAGUUUGGCAAAUAAAAUGAUUUUAGAUGUU